CAUCAUUUGUUUAUAGCCUAUAUAUACAAACAUCAUUUCUUGAUUACAACCAUCAUCAGCAACUCCUCCUUAUUCACCUCUCACUUAUUUCAAAUACUUCUCCAAGAUUCACAUCAUACAAAAAUGGCCAUCCGCCAAAUACUGAAACGAUCUUUAUCCAACGAAAGAAGAUCAAAUGAUGUUCCAAAGGGGCAUUUAGCUGUUUACAUCGGAGAAAAUGAAAAGAAGAGAUUUGUUAUUCCAUUGUCAUAUUUAAACCAUCCUUCGUUUCAAGAUUUGCUUUGCCAAGCCGAAGAAGAAUUUGGAUACCAUCAUCCAAUGGGCGGCCUUACUAUUCCUUGCAGGGAAGAUUUAUUCGUUGAUGUAACAUCUCGCUUGAGGCGAACAUGAUAUAUAUACAGUUAUACAUAAACUAGGUCUUAGGGCAAUAGAAUGUUUGUUAGCUAGUUUGUGGACGAUUUUGUUCAUUUUUUUAUUUUUGUACUCAAAGAAGAUACUUUGUCAGCAGGUAGAAGAUGUACUCAUGGACAGAUAGAUUAACGGUAUUACUUAUGAAAGAUCUUUUGUUUACUCCAAGCCAUUUUGACAUGUGCAUUUUAUGU